UUGGAGAACAAAACAAGAAUUCAUUAUUUUCCAAAAAAAAAAAAAAAAGAAUCCCUUUUUUCUGAAGUCUAAAAAAAAAGAAUCCCUUGUGACAGGGUAACCCUUCCUUGUACCUUUCUCCCUUCAAUUUGAAAACUUACAAAAAAAGAUAUAAAAGCAAAAUAGUAUCCGGUUUCCGGUAAAGCCAGAAGAUCAUGGGUCCCAAUCCUCAACCCCUUCAGAUGGACUUUUGUAUUUAAAGCUGUUAAAAGGUCAACUCUACCUCACUGGCUGUAGCCGUAUUCCCGAUUUUGCCCUUCUCGCUAAUCCAACGGCUCAUUACUACCCUUUUGACUUUUGCAGCCCACUAUCAUCAAUUCCACCACUGGUUCAUCCGUUAACCCGUGCCCCACCACCAUAAAUUAAGGUUGGUCAAUGCCUCGCUCAGUUUCUCUCUCUUGAUGACUACGUGGAACGCCAUGAUUGGCACUUACCUUUGACGGCAAGCAGGCCACAAUCGACAAUACAUGCACUGCAUUAAAGAUAGAGAAAGAGCAUUAUCACUUUGACUCUCUCCUCUAUUUUAUCCCUUUCACCUCGUUUCAACUUCUUUUCUUUUCUCAAAUCUCUCCUUCUCUAUCUCUCUCUCUCUCUCUCUCUAGUUUGUGGGAGAUGGCAGUAGAGUUGAUGCCGGGCUACAAUUUCACGUCGAAGAUGGAAGUGAGCGCAGCCCAGGAAGCGGCGGCGGCCGGUCUUCAGAGCGUGGAGAAGCUGAUGAGAUUACUCUCUCACCAACAAAAUUUCCAAGAAAUCCAGGCCGCCGACGAUUAUAAGGCUGUGGCCGAUGUCGCCGUCUACAAAUUCAAGAAAUUCAUCUCUCUACUCGACCGGACUCCGCGGACCGGCCACGCUCGGUUCCGCCGCGGACCGGUCCCAAAUUCCCCUCCCCCGCCGCAGAAGACCGAACCGGCCGGCCCUUCGGCCCAAACCCCCAAAACCGAGGAGAGCGCACCCGGUUCAAUAAUCUACUGCCCUACGCCGAUUCAGCGGCUGCCGCCGCUGCCGGUGCCGCACAACCACCAGCAGCAGGUGAAGAACGUUCCGAAUCCGAUCGAGCGGAAGGAGUCGUCGACCACCAUUAAUUUCGCGUCGCCGGCGACCUCGUUCAUGUCCUCUCUGACCGGCGACACCGACAGCCUGCAGCCGUCGAUGUCGAUGUCGUCGGGGUUCCAGAUCACGAAUCUGUCCCAAGUCUCCUCCGCCGGGCGGCCGCCGCUGUCGACGUCGUCGUUUAAGAGGAAGUGCAGCUCCAUGGAUGACGCCACCGCCAAGUGCGGCAGCGGGUCGUCACGUUGCCACUGCCCCAAGAAAAGGAAAUCGAGAUUGAAGAGAGUCGUGAGAGUUCCGGCAAUAAGUAUGAAGAUGGCUGAUAUUCCACCAGAUGACUACUCUUGGAGAAAAUAUGGUCAAAAGCCCAUCAAGGGUUCCCCUCAUCCUAGGGGGUAUUACAAAUGUAGCAGCGUAAGAGGGUGCCCGGCCCGAAAGCAUGUGGAGCGGGCCUUGGACGACCCGACGAUGCUGAUCGUAACGUAUGAAGGAGAGCACAAUCACGCCCUUUCAAAUAUGGAAACGCCUGCGCUAGUUCUUGAAUCAUCUUGAUCUCCCAUCAUCCAACGGCCUAGGAUUCGCAAUCGCAUAGUAGCAAAAAGGAUUUCUCAAUCACCGCCGUCCAACGCGUGCAAAGAGACGGUCAACGGUGGAUGCGAGCUGCCUACAUGGGAACAAAAAAUUGGGGUCCCAUUUUCUUUGAUUUUUCGACUCUCUUUUUUCUUUUCAUUUCUUUAUCACACCCGUUGAAAAAUCUCUUCAUUCUGUGUAGAAAAUAAUUAAAAAUGGAAUGAAAAUGAAAAAAAGUAAAAGAAAAGGAGAGCGAAUUGUGGAUUUGGUGGGAAUUGAAUCACGCAAGUUGAAGUAGUGGGUUUUCUUCUCGUUCUUGCAAAUUGCCAAAUAUAAAAUGUUUUUUUGAUGAUGA